AAAAAGAAAGAGGCCGAUCUAGCUCAAUGCGCUAAAGACAUUGUGGCCGAGAGCAACCGCCGACACGCCGAUCGUGAAGCCGAGUUGUCCGACAGUGACGUGAGUGACGGAGGAAACUGCGUGUCUGCAACAGAUAGCUCAACAUCGCGUGGAUCGAGAGCUCCAAAGAGGACGAACGCAUCUUUGGCCGAGGUGAAACGCCAGGAAAAGCGAUACAAGGAGCAAAUGGAUAUGGAAGUGCGAGAACUGGAACAGAAGCAGAAGCAGUUUGAUGAUCGCCUUGCGCUCGAGAGAGAGCAGGCCCAAGCUAAGCUUCAGUUUGACAUGGAAGUUCAGGCAAACAACCGAAACGUGAUCCUCGAGUGUGCAUGUAAUGCAGUUGGUCAUCAGUACUCCAACUCGAUACAUUUUUCCUACGGGUUGCGUUCCGAUACGUAG